GGGCGAUGUUUAACAAAUCCCUUCAGAUAUUGUUGGAGCUUCAAUUGUGGGUGCAAUUGGCGAUUUUAGGGAUGAACUAGGGUUUUCUGAAAAUUUUGGGGGUUUUAGGUUUUCAGCCUUAAAUUGAAAAGAAAAAAAAAAUGAGGGUAUUUUGGAUAUUUUGUAUUUAAAAAUAUAAAAUUGUGUAAAAGAAACGGAAAAUAAAAAUAAAAAUUCAAGGCUAUUAGUAAUUUCCUUCCCCCAAAUUAAUUGUGGUCGGAAAUUUAUUUGAAUCUCCGGCGAAUCAGAGAAUGCCGACGAUUCUUCUGCACCGCCGUAUCGCCGUCGCAAAUUUUCAACUUCUUUUCAAUUAAACAUGUCCAGAAAUUUGGCUGCUGGGAGAGUUAGAAGGAUCAUUCACACUUUUCUACAAGAGCAGAAAUGUAGCAGUAACAAGUUGGACCCCUAUUCUUCGUACAAUUUUGUGAGAAAAAGCUAUGCUUCACAUAAUUUUUCUGAAGCAAAAUAUCUUAUUACCAACAAUGGAAAACGGAAAAUGCAUAGUUUUUCGUCCAGCUUUUUAUUCUCAAAUGAAGCAAAAGUUGCUUGGAGAAAGCUUUUAUAUGUGCAGACUAAUGGGGGACAAGCUCUUUCUCAUAUUAACAAAGCCGCUGCUGCUGUAUGUUUAGCUUUGAGCCGUUAUCAACUUCUUGCUCCUAGUAUACUUGCUUUAAUAGCUGGGCAGUUUUCAGGUGGACAAUUUAAGUGGACUCAUGCAGAUUGCUUACCAGCAUCCAGCACUCUGUAUGAUCAUGCGCAAAAUGGACAUGUUUACUUGGCAUCCUUUGCCUUUUCACUGGUAGAGGCUAUUAUUAUAUUUCUUAGGGCAAUCUAUCUAGCAAUUAUAUUUUCACCUUGUGUAGUUAUGGCUCCUUUCACCAAUUCACUUGGUGUAGAAUUUAGAAAAACCUGGCUUAGUAUUCUUCGCCGCACCCUGGAAAAGGGUGGUCCAGCAUUCAUUAAAUGGGGACAAUGGGCUGCUACAAGGCCCGACCUUUUCCCUCAGGAUAUUUGCACAGAACUCGCACAGCUGCAUUCCCAAGCACCAGCACAUAGCUUUGCCUACACAAAGCAAACAGUUGAGAAGGCAUUUGGCCGCAAGCUAGGUGAAAUUUUUGAAAAGUUUGAAGAGGAGCCUGUUGCAUCUGGGAGUGUUGCUCAGGUUCACCGAGCUACUCUUAAAUUUCGUUAUCCUGGUCACCCAAUGAAGCCUAAGCUAGUUGCUGUGAAGGUUAGGCAUCCUGGUGUUGGUGAAGCAAUUCGUAGAGACUUCAUGAUAAUUAAUGUCUUUGCUAAAAUUUCAAACUUGAUACCAACAUUGAAGUGGUUGAGACUGGAUGAAAGCUUGCAACAGUUUGCUGUAUUUAUGAUGUCUCAAGUUGAUCUAGCAAGAGAAGCUGCACAUUUGAGUCGAUUCAUCUAUAAUUUCCACAGAUGGAAGGAUGUUUCAUUCCCAAAGCCUCUCUAUCCUUUAGUGCACCCAGCGGUUUUGGUGGAAACUUAUGAGCAUGGCCAAAGUAUCUUGCAUUACGUUGAUAAACUUGAAGGACAUGAUAAUAUCAAAACAUCACUUGCUCACAUUGGGAGUCAUGCCCUUCUAAAAAUGCUAUUGGUAGACAAUUUUGUCCAUGCUGACAUGCACCCAGGAAAUAUACUUGUCCGGACAAAAAAGAGAAUCCCUGGGAAUCAGCUCUUUGAAUCAAGACCGCAUGUUGUAUUCCUUGAUGUAGGCAUGACUGCUGAACUUUCUAAAAGAGAUAGGGUGAAUAUACUGGAGUUUUUCAAGGCUGUUGCUCUUCAAGAUGGUCGCACUGCUGCUCAGUGUACUCUACAGUUAUCAGAAAACCAAAAUUGCCCAAAUCCCGGGGCUUUUGUUAAGGAAGUAGAAAAACAGUUCAAUUCCUGGGGCUCACCUGAGAGCUCGACUUUACAUGCUGCUGAUUGCAUGCAGCAACUUCUGGAACUGGUUCGGCACCAUAAAGUUAACAUUGAUGGAAAUGUUUGUACUGUGAUUGUCACAACUAUGGUUCUUGAGGGUUGGCAGCGUAAAUUGGAUCCAGAUUACAAUGUAUUGGAUACUCUGAAGGCAAUGAUGUUCAAAGUUGACUGGGCAGAGUCUCUAAGCUACACAAUUGAAGGUCUGGUUGCCCCCUGAGUUGAUGUCAACUAUACUUAUAUGACAUUUAAAGAAAAUAAGAAAAACAAUUUUGAUUCAUACAUAUUAUGACUAGAAUUAUAGAAUCUCUCUUUUAGAAUAGGUUGGCAAGAGAUGAUGGCAUCUUUACAAGUUGCCUGCAAUUUUCAAUUUUGUUCCAUAGUGUACAAUAUGAUUGAUCUUGGUGAAACACCAAAAUUUUAUUCAUGUAUAUGAUCUCAAAUUUGAACGAAUAAGUGACAAUGCGUGCUCCUUUGA